UAGUUGUAUAACUUGCUCAAAAGUACAAGCUACAUAAAGCAUAGAUACCAUGGCAACCCACAAGUUACUUUGCAAUCUAAGCUUCAUCUUCCUCUUGUUCUUCCAAUUUCAUUUUGGUACGAGUGAAAUACGGUUAAAUUACUAUUCGGAAACUUGUCCUAAUGCCGAAGAAAUCAUCAAAGAACAAGUCAUAAGUUUGUAUAAUAAGCAUGGAAACACUGCUGUUUCUUGGAUAAGAACUCUCUUCCAUGAUUGCAUGGUUAAGUCAUGUGAUGCAUCAUUAUUAUUGGAGAGCAUAAAUGGAAUUCAGUCAGAAAAAAUAUCAUCAAGAAACAUGGGAAUGAGAAACUUUAAGUACAUAAACACAAUCAAAGAUGCUGUUGAGAGUGCAUGCCCCUUGACAGUUUCUUGUGCUGACAUUGUUGCUCUUUCCGCUAGAGAUGGUGCCGUUAUGUUGGGAGGACCGUGUAUUGAGAUGAAAACGGGGAGAAAAGAUAGCAAGGAAAGCCAUCUUGCGGAGAUCGAUGCAUCGCUCCCGAAUCAUAACGAUUCCAUGAUGUAUGUCCUUGCUCGGUUUCAAUCUAUAGGAAUUGAUGUCGAAGGAACAGUGGCUCUUUUAGGUGCUCACUCGGUAGGUCGAGUCCAUUGUGUCAACAUUGUUGAUAGACUAUAUCCAACAGUUGACCCAACUUUGGACCCGAACUAUGCUGAGUAUCUCAAGGGUCGUUGUCCCCAUCCUGAUCCAGACCCGAUUGCUGUGGAAUACGCGAGGAACGAUCGAGAUACACCGAUGAUCCUAGACAACAGCUACUACAAAAACCUUAUGAACCACAAGGGACUGCUUACAGUUGAUCAAGAACUUGUAUCGAACCCAAUCACAUCUCCAUUUGUUGAGAAAAUGGCAGCCGAUAACGAUUACUUUCACGAACAAUUUUCUAAGGCUCUUCUCAUAUUGUCGGAGAACAACCCGUUAAGCGAGGAGGAGGGCGAGGUUCGAACCGAUUGUCGUUUUGUAAACAAGGACUAAAAUCACUCAAAGUGUGUGUAAUUUCUGAAUUUUGUGGUAUUGUUAUCUUUGUAUGUGACAUAUCUAAGGUUAUGUCACUAAAGGUGAAUGAAUAAACUUUGUAAUUAAUAUUAUGUAUUAUUUUCUUGUUUAACGACCUUAUUUUAAAAUGUGUCACUAA